UCGCUGUGUAGAAUAAUUAUACGAGACAAGGGAGGUAUUUUCUGACGGGUGGCUUGGCUUCACUCAACAACUCGAGGUUUGAGGACUGCUCUGCCUUCAUCUGCAAGAGUCCCUUGAACGGAUUCGAACUGGAUUUUAGACAGGUAGGACCGGUCGAAAUGUGGAUAUAAUUUAUCCAAACACACAUUGUCUGCAGAUUCUGAACUCUUAAGUGGACCUAUGAUGAUCUGCCUCCGGAGAGACGAGAAGGGUGCAAGCCACCACAGAAGCACCGCGGACUGUUGUUGUCUGAGAAAUGAUAACAAAUGAACGACACGGAAAGGAACAUGGUUGAAAGGACCAGUAAAUUUCUGUUGAUCGUCGUCGGAUCAGUCUUCUUCAUGCUGAUUUUGUACCAGUACGUGGCGCCCGGGGUGAUAAACUUCGGCUCCCCGCACGGGUAUGAAGAGGACAUGACCAUUUUCCCCACUCCGGACCCGCACUAUGUGAAAAAGUACUACUUCUCUAUUAAAGAUCUCGAGCGCAAGAUAGAUUUCGAAAUCAAGGGGGAGGACGUGAUUGUGUUUCUCCACAUCCAAAAGACCGGCGGGACGACCUUCGGGAGGCAUCUAGUCCAAAAUGUUCGACUUGAGCUUCCUUGUGAUUGUAGACCGGGCCAGAAGAAGUGUACUUGCUACCGUCCGAACCGAAAGGAGACCUGGCUGUUCUCUCGCUUCUCCACCGGCUGGAGUUGCGGCUUGCACGCGGACUGGACCGAGCUCACCAGCUGCGUUCCGGGGGUUCUCAACAAGAAAGAAAGCAAGUCGAAUAAAACGAGAAAGUUCUACUAUAUCACUCUGCUGAGGGACCCUGUUUCCCGCUACCUUAGUGAAUGGAGGCACGUUCAGCGCGGGGCGACGUGGAAGACAUCCCUGCACAUGUGCGACGGUCGGACUCCCACUCCCGAAGAGUUGCCACCCUGCUACGAGGGCUCAGACUGGUCGGGGUGCAAUUUGCAGCAGUUCAUGGACUGCCCCUACAACCUCGCCAAUAAUCGCCAAGUGCGCAUGCUGGCCGACCUCAGCCUGGUGGGCUGCUACAACCUCUCCACGGUACCCGAGAAGAGGCGCUCACAGCUCCUGCUCGAAUCAGCCAAGAAAAACCUGCGAGACAUGGCUUUCUUCGGCUUGACUGAGUUCCAGCGAAAAACACAGUACUUGUUUGAACGCACCUUCCACCUCAAGUUCAUCCGGCCCUUCAUGCAGUACAACAGCACACGGGCGGCCGGCAUCGACCUGGAUAACGACACGAUACAGCGUAUCGAGGAACUCAACGAUCUGGACAUGAAGCUGUACGACUAUGCCAAAGACCUAUUUCAGCAGCGCUACCAGUACAAGCACAUGCUGGACCGCCGGGAGCAGAGACUACUGAGAGGACAGGCAUCUUUCCACAGCCCGUUCCGAGAGGACGGAGCCGGAGGAGAGGGUACAGCACGCCUGCCAACCGAGGACUACAUGAAUCACAUCAUCAACGGAUGGUAACCGCCCACCCCUCUCCAGAGAGACCGCAAAAGAGACACAGUAACAAAGGAGAGGGGGAAUAAAGAGACCCAAGUGGAAUAUCCAUUCCCAGAUCGGAGAAUUCUACACCCCUUCCUUUGGGCGGGAAUAUGGGACCAGAGAACGUUCAAGAAAUGAGUCCCUGAGCGUCUCGCUUGGUGCACCAUUUCAUAGGCCUUUUUUAAAUAAAAGUUAUGCCAUAACAUAAAAUUAUAAGCAAUUUUUUUUGUUGUUCAGCAAAGUUUUUCUUAACCUCCAUCUGCAGUGUUUCUCAAAAUGUGUGAUUCAAAUGAACAAACAGGUUUUAAUAUCUGAGAAUCUAUGAACUCUUCAGGAAAUUAUAAAGAUUGAUAUAUAUAUAAAAUGUAUGUAUGUAUGUAUAAAUCUUAGAUUGCCAUUUUUUUUUUUUUUACCUGGUGUGAAGUGGAUGGAGCUGAAAAUGAUUAGCAGGUGUUGUGAGUAUGAUCUUAAUAUAUAUAUAACACGGAAGAGUCCUGUUUUUCAUGAGCGUUUUUAUCAUUUUUUUCCCUUUGAGUGUUGAUUCCCAAACAGAUUCUCAAAAGCCCUGGAGAUAGUGUUGGAAAACCAUUCCUGACAGAUGUUUCAAACUGCAGUACUGGUACCCAAUAAAAUGAUUAUACCAUCACAUAAGCAUGUGCUAGUUUAUACAGUAUGCAUUGCAUGUGUUUGUUUUUGCACAUUUGCUGUGAUCCUUUUACCCAAUGCAAUGCAGUAUGCCCACAUUUUGCAUUGAAAAUCAUGCACCUUAUACAAAAUCUUCUUGGUUUUCUGAUCAGGAUUCACCAUUUGUCCUUUAAUGGCCAUUAAAGUUGCGUUUGCCUGCAUGUAAAACAUGUUAAUUGAACUUGCACUGAGCGUGUUGUGGCUUUACAUCCCUCACAGAUAGUUCUCGUUUGGCUCUGUGUCUGUGGGGACUCUUUAACUCGCAUCUUAACAUUUCCCUCCAGCUGAAACUCAAAAUAAACACUGCGAUCGAAGCCAUGAUUUGAGCCACGUCAAAAAUGCUUAUGGGAAAAGAGUGAAGAAUGGAUCAUAUGUUACUUUUGUCUCGGAUCAGUCAGAACAUCAGAUCAGUGCUGAAGAUAGUGUGACCAUUGCUUUGAGUGUAUAUGUUAAUAUGUACAUGUGUGUGUGUGUGUGUGUGUGCGUGUGUCUGUGAGCAAAUGAGGUGUCUUGAGUUUGCUUCCCAACAACAUUCAGUACUGUAUUUCUGUUCAUGACACCUGGAUCUUUACAAUUAAUUACCAAUAAAAAGAUAUUUCUUUC